CAUGAUCGGGCUAAUAGCCUUAAUACAAUUUACAAGAUGAGUCCCUCUCUACUCCCUGUGAAUUUGCUCGUGAGCAUAUAAAUAUGAUUAUAGAUUUGAUAUGAAAGGACAUAGGCCAGCAAUUGCCAAAUAUAAUGAAAUGGUGUUAAAUCGCAAUAUGGGGGGAAAUUACUUGGAUUAUACAUGAUUGGAUUUUAGAUGGGGGGCUGUCUGCCCAUUAGCCCACGCAAAUCUUUCAUUGAUCCGCGUCGUUUCUCCUUUGCUGGCUCACAUUCUCGUCAUACCGCACGGCGAUGAGCCUAACUAAAAAUCGCCUCCUCAGCUGAUGAUAGGAGCGUUUGAUGAUAGAAGGCGCUGGCUUGGACUGCUUACAAACAGAGACCUACCAUGAAUUUGGCAUUUCUUGCGCUAACAGCCGCGCUUUUGGCUGCAAAUAGCGGCUUCUGUUAUUCCAGCAGCGUCCCAUCAUUCAUCCUGCCGUUUACUGACUGUGUCCAGAGCCGUGGGAGAGACGGUUUCUACCGGGGAGCGGUAGACGUCACCGAAUCCGGCACCCGGUGUAUGAACUGGACCGAAGUGGCCGGCUUUAAGGAGCGCUACCCGGGCAAAGGAAUUGGAGAGCAUAACCACUGCCGCAACCCGGACGGCAGGAUCCGACCCUGGUGUUAUUUUAGGAACCACAAAGGCAGAGUUGACUGGGGCUAUUGCGACUGUAAACAAGGUUCUGUGCGUCUGCAAGGAGGCCGCACCAAGCUAGAUGGCAGGGUCGAAAUCUAUCUGGGAGGAGUGUGGGGGUCUGUCUGUAGCGAUGACUGGGGUGACGAAGACGCUGCAGUGGUUUGCAGACAGCUGGGCAAGGGGAUCUCAGGGCGUGCACGUUCAGUUCCCCUGUUUCAUCCAAGCAUGGCCAAACUCCAUUGGAGGGCAGUCCAUUGCCAGGGAGAGGAGUCAGACCUGCUUCAGUGUCCUAAGACUGUGUGGAAUGGAGGGGAAUGUACUCUGGCCGCAGCCAUCACUUGCACACAGCAGCAAGCAGUAGUGGCGCUCCCUAUAAGGCUGGUGGGAGGUGCAUCGGGGUCAGAGGGCACAGUGGAGGUCUUCCAUGCGGGUCAGUGGGGCUCCAUAUGUGACGACCAAUGGGAUGACAGUGAUGCGGAGGUGGUGUGUCGACAACUGGGGCUGAGCAGCGGUGUAGCAAGGGCAUGGGGUCAGGCACAUUUUGGCAAGGGUUCAGGCCAUGUUCUGCUGGAUGAGGUGCGUUGCACAGGCAAUGAGCUCACUCUGGAGCAGUGUCCAAAAAGUGCCUGGGGGGAACACAACUGUCUGCACUCUGAGGAUGCGGGAGUGUCCUGCAACCCUGUUACAGAUGGCUCUGCUAGGUUGGUUGGGGGUGCAAGCAGCUAUGAGGGGCGUUUAGAAGUAUUUUACCGUGGUCGGUGGGGGACAGUGUGUGAUGACGGAUGGACAGACUCUAACACACAAGUUGUGUGCAGACAACUUGGUUACAGAUUAGGUGAGACUCUCCUUUCCGAAGGAUUAGACAUCACUCCAGUACCGCGCUUUGGGGUGGGGUCAGGUCCCAUUCUUUUGGAUGAUGUGAGCUGCACAGGGAAAGAGCCAAGCAUAUUAGUGUGCAACAGGAAGGAGUGGCUCCGGCAUGACUGCACACACCAUGAAGAUGUUAACAUCGCUUGCAGCCCUGGUCGCAAUGGAGAGAGCCUUCCAAUGAGUAUGCCGAUAAGAUUAGUGGGAGGAGAGAGCCCUAGGGAAGGUCGGGUGGAGCUCUAUCUGUCCGGGCAAUGGGGGACUGUUUGUGAUGACGGAUGGACUGACCAUGACGCUGAGGUGGUAUGCAGACAGUUGGGAUACAGUGGGGUGGCAAAGGCCCGUGUCAUGGCAUACUUCGGGGAAGGGACAGGACCCAUCCACGUGGAUAAUGUGAAGUGCAGCGGCGAGGAGCGUUCGUUAGCAGACUGCAUCAAACAGCCACCUGGCACACACAACUGUCGCCAUAGUGAGGACGCUGGGGUCAUUUGUGACUAUGGUGAAUCCCAGUCCAGCUACAAAGAGGUGGAAGAUCCUGUCAACUCAAUUUGUGGUUUGCGGCUUAUACACACUCGCCAGCGACGAAUUAUAGGAGGAGAAAACUCUCUGAGAGGGGGCUGGCCAUGGCAGGCCGCGGUUCGUUUGCGAGGAUCUCGUGGAGACGGGAGGUUGGUGUGUGGAGCAACUCUGAUUGACAGCUGCUGGGUCCUCACAUCGGCCCAUUGCUUCAAAAGAUACGGAAACAGCACCAAGCAGUAUAAAGUUAGAGUGGGCGACUACCACUCCCUCGUGCCUGAGGAAUACGAAGAAGAGUACGGUGUUGAUCAAAUUGUCAUUCACCCAAGCUACCGGUCCCAAAGCAACGAUUACGACCUUGCCUUGGUUCACCUGUCACCUGGGGCUGUGGGCCAGAUGCCGGGAGAAUGUGUGUCAUUCAGCCGUCAUGUUCUUCCCGCCUGUCUGCCCAUGAAGAAAGAGAGAGUGCUUAAACAAGCCAGCAACUGUCACAUUACCGGCUGGGGUGAUACAGGUCGCUCAUACUCUAAGACCCUUCAGCAGGCACCCAUCUCCUUACUUCCCCGUCGUCACUGCCAGCAGCAUUUCCACAGUGCCUUCACAAGCCGCAUGCUCUGCGCCGGCAACAUCCAGUCGGAGAAGCGUGUUGACAGUUGCCGUGGUGACAGUGGAGGUCCGUUGGUGUGUGAGCGUCCAGGAGGGGGUUGGGUGGUCUACGGGGUCACAUCCUGGGGUCAUGCUUGCCGGACACAACAGUCCCCUGGCGUCUACACCAAAGUGUCUGCCUUUAGCUCCUGGAUACGCAAGGUGAUUACACGUGAUGACCAAAAAGAGAGAGGACAGUAGAAGGAGAAUGAUAUAUUCAGAAGUAUCACACUUAAGACUUUCUUUGUCAGGUGACAACUGAUACAACAAUAUAGUUCCGUCAAGAAUAACUGAUGUCAUGAUCUUAUCACCUGAUAAUCCGCUGAUGUCAGUUACAACCUGACUAUCAAAUGGAGAGCACAACGUAACGCUGGACUUUUUCCACUUAGAAACUUUACAAAUAUUUUUUGGAGAGAGGAAGGCUUCGCUUUCUUCAUCUAGGUUAUAAGCACUUAUGUAAUUGAUUUCAUAUCAUCCCGAUCUGCAAGCUUUUGGAUUUUUCCAAAUCUCAACUCCAGAGAAUGCAUCUAUGUCACUUAAAUAUCUUGUUUCAUGUGACAUUGCAUGCUUAACCUUUGUGCUUGCUUUUACAAGGAAACGAUAGUGUAACUUAUGAUAUGGAAUAUGUGAUUAAAAAUGUUGAAAAGGGACCACAGUAAAAAAAGUAACAACAACAUACUUUUAACAUGUAUGAACUUAUGUAGAGAGUUAGUCAUCGCAUUCUAUGGCCUUGAAGACUUUCAUUAAGACCCCCCCUUAGGUACUUAUUGCGUAUUAUUUUGUGCUUUUGUGUUUAGCAUUCUAGUCAUAUUGACAUUUGCUAAACUGAAAUAUGUCAUUCGACCUCAUUUUAUUAUUGUUUUUGUAUUUCUUUGCUCAUUGUUUUGCUGUGUAAAAUGCAUAUUUCAGGUCUUAGUUAUUACUCAGGCAUUGAUUUGAAACCUUUAUUUUAUACUCGUAGGGCAUUGAGGUUUCCCUCAUUUUCAAUGACGACGAGUUUACAUCAAGGGUCAUGCACACAACAACAGCAAUGACAGAUAAACAUGAGGUAUUAAUAGUUUGCAUGCAAUCAGUAUUUCUAUGUGUCUCAGUGAUGUUUAACAUUUGCAGGGAAAAAAAGGGACUCAAGUGUUUCUGCGUCUAAGCACAUUAUAGCAAGUGUUUAUUUGUCAAAUAUCCACUUCUAAUUCAUGAGCUUUUGUUUUGGUGGGAUAGUAAAAUGUUGUUGUUAAAAAGAGACAAUCUGGUACACUUGAAAAAACUACACUGCCAUCUUUGUGUUGACUGACUAUGUGUUAUGUUGUAUUUUACUGUAACAUUUCUUUAUAAAUACGAUUUUGUAAAAAAAAGUUUGAUGUUGACACAUUGAUGAAACAUAAAGGCACAUGUUUGAACAGUUAUAUAUAUAUAAAUAUCAGGUAACCUUUUAUAGUAAACAUUAUUAAUAAAGGGUUGAUUGAUAUUAAGAUUAACUUAAAAUGAAGUUAUAGAUUUAAAGUUGUAUACAUGAACUUACAUUUUAAAUUAUGAUCAGAUGUGAAUGCAAGAAUGUAUUAUAUUUCUCAAGUCAAACCUUUCAGUAACAUUCAUUUACUUAAAUUGAUCAAUAACAUCAAGGAUAACGCCUUUAACAAAUUCAUAGGUUUAUGUUCAAGUUGUUAAGCCUUAUUCAAUUGUUUUACUUACAAAAACAAGUAUAUAUAUGAACUUUCACAAUGAAAAAAAAAAGGCUUUUGUGACUAUAUAUUUUUAGGGGGUCGUUGCACUUCAUGUCACACAUUCUGUGAUCCUCCCACAUCUGAAAGAGCCCUUUCAGGUUUGUUUCUGACUGCAAACUGUCAAAGUGAGCACCACUGUGUCAGACAAUGUGUAUGCACACACACUCACACACAGUGUCACAGGCUUGUCACACUGUAUAGGAAUGGUAUCCAUUUUCUCAGUUGUCCUUAUUUACAAGGCAAACAUGUCAGGUUGACUCAACACAACUUCAGAACUGGGACCAACUGCUACAGUGGGAGGCUGCAUGAGAUGGUGGCAACAAAAAUUCACAUUUAUCAUCUUCCUAGAAUUUGUUUUUGUUACCAAUGAGCUUAAAAAAUAUGUGUUGCAUCAUUAAUUUAACUUUGACAAAAAGUCAAACACUUCCUCUUGCCACAACCUAUAUAUCAGGACAGUAUGUUACAGAACAGCACCGCCAUGUGGUUAACCCGUUACAUGAAACUAUAUCCCGUAAUUGUGCCUUUUCAAUUGCAAUUGCAUUCAGUUAUACAGCAAGACACAACAAAUAUAUAUCCACAAAGAACAUUUUCCCCUGGAAAUUGAUACUUAAUGUAUGUAUUGUCAAAGCAAAACCAAAAUACAUUUUAUAACUUGAGCCCAGAAAACGCUUCAAACGAUUUUAAAGUUGUCAGAAAACCAAUGCUUUCGGCUGGCUCUGAUAGUUUGGGUUGAUGCAACUUAUUGGUCCUACUUUUAAAUACGCUUUAACUUGAUUUUGAAUUUCAAGUUAAUGUGCCUUUGCGUAUCAAGUUGCUCAUAAUGCAUUAACGCCUUUAUAUCAGUUGUCAACCAGUUGUGAUGAUUUUGCAAGCAUAUGAGGAAGAAGGAAGAUACUUAAUGUAACUAUUAAGCCCAGAAGGCACAAGGUGCUGCAGGAGGAAUGUGGGUGGGAGUAAACAUGCAAUUCCAUCAUAACUGAUUUUGUGUCAUAGCUGCUAAAUGUUUUGCCUAAACUCACUCAGCCAAAGCACAGUAGUCCUUAUUGUGUAAGACCCCCCUCCUGUGGUCACUAUCACACAUUACAACACAUUGGAACUCAUUUUCUAUAAUGUUAUGGAAAAUAAAACAUCAAAACGUUUUGUUAUUCCCUGUCC